GUGCAGAAGGAUGCGGCAGAGUAUUUACAACAGCUCUUGCAGGCACAGCAGUUGCACUCAGUACAAUGGGAUGAUUGCAACUUCGAGCUCAAGGCGAUCUCCCCAUUCCAAUGCCGCUACCUCCUCAGGCUGGAUCAGACCACAAAACUCACUACACCGGUACGAUUCGACAGGCAAACCCACAGCGGACACUAUCGUGCGCUCCUCAAAGUGAAUGACCAUUGGAUGUACACAGAUGAUUCA